UCUCUUCUCUCAACCCAAUUGAAAAUUCUGAUCUUCGAAAAUCGCUACUAACAAUAAUUUGAUUGUGCAUUUGUUUUUCAUUUUUUUUUUAAUCUCUCAGUUUUCUGAAUCUCGCUUUGUUUGUUUCUUUGUUGCAGAUUUCAUUCAUCACCAUCACUAAUGGAUUCUCGUUACCCUUUCCAACAACGCCGAAACAUUUCUUCACAGGAUAACUUGGAUAGGUUUAUUCCAAAUCGCUCCGCAAUGGAUUUCGGUUACGCCUACUACAUGCUGAGUCGUAAGGAAAACCACAUUUCGGUUCCAGAGGUCAUUUCACCAUCGACACAAGCCUACCGCAAACGCCUUGCCGAAGCAUGUGACCUCAAUGAAAGAACUAGAAUUCUGGCUUUCAAGAACAAGCCUCCAUCACGGCUACAACUCAUACCUAAACAGAUUCUCUCAUCUCCUCCUCACUCCAAACCAAAACCAUCCAUUCCUAAGACAUGUUUGAGAACCUUGGAUGCCCCUGAUAUGUUGGACCACUUUUCCUUGAAUUUACUAGAUUGGGGUACAACCAAUGUCCUCGCAAUUGCCCUUCAGGAUACCGUUUUUCUGUGGAAUGAUUCAAACAGUUCCGUUUCAGAACUUGUCACCUUCAAUGAGGAACACGGUCCUGUCGCAAGUCUUAGCUGGGCCCCAGAUGGUCGCCAUUUAGCCAUUGGUUUGAACAAUUCCCAUGUCCAAAUUUGGGAUUCCAUUGCUAGUAAAAAGCUAAGGACAUUAAAGGGUGGACACAGAGCAACUGUGGGUUCAUUGGCUUGGAACAAUCAUAUUCUGACAACAGGAGGAAUGGAUGGUAAAAUAUUAAACAAUGAUGUUAGAGUGAGGUCUCCCAUUGUUCAAACUUACAGGGGACACAGCCAGGAAGUUUGUGGACUCAAGUGGUCCCCCUCAAGACAACAAUUGGCCAGUGGUGGAAACGAUAAUGUUGUCCACAUAUGGGAUAGAUCCAUG